AGAAACCUAAUCUCAGUGGGCAAUAUAAAAUUGAGUUCCUCGAUGCGCCACAGCUGCACGACUUGCUGAUCUCGGCCCCUCACUUCCUGUGCCACAAUUGCGGGGUCCAUGAGAUAGGCGUCUCCUUACUUUCAGCUUAAACACGCAAGUGCUACAACAUUAAGUUUUCCUAACCUCUCAAUUGAUAUUCGUUCGAGGGUUCAGGAGCUAAUUACCAUGGACGGCUCUGAGCUCACUUCCCAAAUUUUAGCGCUGGUAGAUGCCGGAGCUGGUGGACUUGAUGAAGGUCAACGACUCCGUCUGCUCGCAGCAUGCAACAAGUUGAGAGACACGCUGCAAAGUCCCAUAGAAAGGACGAUUCAAACUAUGCUUGGUGGCCAUGAUCCCAUCGCUCUUAGAUUAGCUAUCGACCUCGGGCUCCCAGACAUCGCUCUUGCAAAUAACGGUCCUAUAACUAUUGAAGAACUAGCAGGGAAGAGCAAAGCAGAUAUCGCUCUCGUUCGCCGCAUAAUGCGCUUCGUCUCCUGCCUCGGAGUCUUCUCAGAAGUCGACGUCGACACAUACACCGCGACACCUUUAACCGGCACCUACUCCACCAGUUCUCCCAUGCGAGAAGUCGUCAUCCAUCUCUCAACCGCCGAACCCACAAUCGGUAGGCUCCCCGACUACUUCGCGGAACGCGGGUGGCAGAACCCAGAUGAUGCCCUCAAUGGCCCGUGGCAAUUUGCCGAGCAUACCACAGACCAGUACUGGGAAUGGCUUGCUAAACGAGAGAGGUUGCAGCGCGCUUUUAACAUUGUGAUGGGCAUGCAGAGGAAGAUGAGAGGGGAAGACUGGUUUGAGUUUUUUCCCGUGGAGGAGAAAUUAUCAGUUGGUGAUGUGAAUGAGGGGGGAGUUGUGUUUGUUGAUAUUGGGGGUGGUUUAGGCCAUGACCUCGUGCGGUUUAAGACUCGAUUCCCGGAACUCCGCGGGAAGUUCGUGCUAGAGGAUCUUCCAUCCGUGGUUGCGGCUGCUAAGGACCUCCCAGCGGAUAUAGCAACUCUAGGUCACGAUUUCUUCAUCCCGCAUCCAGAUGAGAUUAAGGGCGCGAAGGCGUAUUAUCUUCGGACCAUCCUACAUGAUUGGCCUGAUAAACAAGCACUCGCUAUCCUGGCCAAUAUCAAAGAUAUCAUGGCCCCGAACUCGCUGUUGCUGAUCAACGAAGGAGUUUUAGCGGAGAAAGGCGUGAGCUUGUUUGAGGCGAGACAUGACUUCCAUAUGAUGGCGAGAUUCUCAGCGUUGGAGAGGACGGAGAAGCAGUGGAGGGUUUUGUUGGAAGAGGCGGGGUUUGAACUGGUUCAGAUAUGGAGGUCUGAGCAAGUUGCGGAGGCGAAAGGAGCGUUGAUGGAAGUUGUUGUUAGGAAGUAGCGAGCUCGCUAGCAAUUAUGCAGCAUUUCAAACUGGAAGUUUACCUUCCAACCCUGCCUGCAUCCGCACGGCGG